AUGAUAACUGAAGCUGGUACUGGGCAAAAUGAAACCAUUGGUUUCCCUAGAUUCAGGAAUAUGAUUGCGAGAAAACUUGAGUACACUGUAAUUGCGGAGCUGGAGGAUUUAUUCAAGAGAGUUGACACGGAUCAUGAUGGUUUUAUCUCAGCCUCAGAGUUUUUGAUGCUCAUGAAUGGUGUGGAUGAAACCGUGAUCCAGGCGUUGUUCCAAGAAGCUGACACGGAUGAAGAUGGUCAGCUCAACUGCGAGGAGUUUGUCAGGAGAAGUACAUGGUCUUCAGUAUGUAUGAGUUUAGACUGCAUCAUGUCUGGAAUGAGGAGGAGGGGUUUUGACUUUUCCAGGAUACAGAAUGCACCUUUUGCUUCACAACUUAAGAACAGCGUUUGUGUGUGCAUUUUGAAACAAGUCCUGUAA